AGAGGGGGUAUUACGUCUCUAUGUGUCAGAGGGAGUCAGGGUGAGUCUCAGACUGCAGAUAUCGUCGAGUGUGCAACCAGGAUGCGCAUCAAUAUGAAGAGAAACCUUCUCCUGUCUUUAAACGUUUUAUCAUCGACAAACGUUUGACAACUCAGAUCAACACGCAAGGGAAACCAAUACGCGCACACAUCUCAGACGUGACGGACGAGAUUUGCUUUUGAGUCUGCUCGUCAUCCUUCUGCUCUUCAGCCCUUUGAUUCGAAAUCCGUCCUCAGCCCCGACGUGAACCCACCAUGUCCGGGAAGGAGCGCAGCCCCCGCCACCGGCCCUGGUCCGUCUACCGGGCCAACACGUUUGAUCUCUCAGCUGAGAUGAUGGGGCUGGCUCUCUCAGGCAACAGUCAGGAUCCAGAUGAGCCGGUGCUGGAGUUCAGCGUGGCCUGCAGUGAGCUGGUCACUCCCUCUCUGGACCGUAAGCCAACCAGCUUUGUCGCAGUCAGCUGCACUACUCCGCCGCAGGCCUUCUGGACCAAGCACGCUCAAACUGAAAUAAUAGAGGGCACCAGUAACCCCAUCUUCCUGAGCAGCAUCGCGUUCUUUCAGGACUCUCUGAUCACCCAGCAGACUCAGGUCAAACUUUCUGUCUACGAUGUGAAGGACCGCUCGCAGGGCACGAUGUACAUGCUUGGUUCGUCCAUGUUUUCUGUGAAAGAGCUGCUGCAGGACAAACACCACAGACUGCAUCUGACUCUCAGGUCAGCGGAGAACGAGCGCGUGGGGAACAUCACUGUCAUCGCCUGGCAGAUAGAGGAGAAGCGCGAGCAGAGAGCCCCUGUUGCAAGAUUACAGAGAGGAGACACUGUUAACGGAAGGAUGGUUCUGCCUGUUGAUGAAAGCUUGACUGAAUCCAUGGGCAUUAAAUCCAAGUCUUCAUCUCUAUGUAAAGACCCACUGCUAAAGGCUGUGUUUGGGGGCGUCAUGUCGCGGACAUACCGGUUCCCCACCACGGACGGCAACCACCUUCGGAUCCUGGAGCAGAUGGCAGAGAGUGUCCUGUCCCUUCAUAUUCCUCGACAGUUUGUUAAACUGCUGCUGGAGGAAGAUGCUGUCAGAGUGUGUGAGCUGGAGGAACUGGGAGAGCUAUCUCCAUGUUGGGAGAACCUCAGGAGGCAGAUCAUCACUCAGUAUCAGACCAUCAUCCUCACCUACCAGGAGACCAUAAGUGACCUCCACGAAUACAAAGGUCCUUCAUUUAAGUCCAGUACCUUGAAAGCUGAGAGGAAGUUGGAGUUUAUUCCUACUAACCUGCACAUCCAGAGAAUGAGAGUACAGGGAGAGUCUGGCUAUGACCGGACAUAUGACGUCGUGACUAUUGGAGCUCCUGCGGCACAUCAUCAAGGCUUUAAAGGCUGCGGCCUCCGAAAACUGCUGCACAAACUUGAAGAAGCCCGGAAACACUCUUAUGAGGAUGAAAGCUCUGCUGGCUCUGGUUCUAAAAGACUGGCGUACCAGCCUCAGGAUGUAGUGAAAGCAAAGGAUCUGAUUGCACAAAUUAACACCCUGAAGACUCAAGUGUGUUACUACACUGAACGUCUGUCUCGAGCCGCCAAGGACCGCUCAGCUAACGCUCUGGAGAGAACCCUGACUAUCCUGAAAGAGAAGACUCGUCAGCUGGUGACCGUGUGCGACUCCAAACUGCUGUCCUCAGCCAUCCUCGCCCUGGCAGCCGCCCGCCCAGAGUUCACUAAGCAAGGCACCCCGUCUCCGUCCUCCUCCUCACUCUCACCCUCCUCUCGUUCCCCCUCACGCUCCCCCUCCCGCCACCCAACCUCCCCGUCUCGUGCUUCCACCUCGCCUUCUCGCCAUGCAGCUCCACCAGAGGGCAGCGAAGGGAGUAAAAACAAGCGUGCCUCCUUUCAAGCAGAUUUGUACGAGGAGGAGUGGGAGAAGAUUUGGCUAAAUGUUGAUAAGAGUCUGGAGUGCGUGAUCCAGAGAGUAGACAGGCUGCUGCAGAGAGACAAGCUCCAGAGUGACAGUAGCUCUGAAGAUGUCUUCUUGCUCACCGACGAGGAGCCGACUAACACUAAGAAAGAUAGCAGCCCAGAGGUAGAAAAGACAUCCCCAGGCGAGUGGAGCGAUGCCCUCUACCCUCUCCUCACCACGCUGACGGACUGCGUGUCUCUGAUGAGCGACAAAGCCAAAAAGGCCAUGGUGUUUCUGCUGAUGCAGGACAGCGCCCCCACCAUCGCCACGAGCCUCACCCUGCAGUACCGCCGCGACGUCGUCUUCUGCCAGACGCUGACUGCGCUGAUCUGCGGCUUUGUUAUCAAGCUGAGGAACAGUCUCUGUGACUCGGGCUUCCUCAGGCAACUACACACCAUCGGCUUACUGGUGCAGUAUGAGGGCCUGCUCAGCACCUAUGGUGAGGAGCUGGCCAUGUUGGAGGAUAUGAGCGUGGGAGUGACGGACCUGAGAAAUGUCACCUUUAAAGUUACCCAAGCAACUUCAGCUUUCACCCCAGACAUGCUGCCAGUGAUCACAGGAAACAGGAACGGCUUUAACGUCAGGGUUCCUAUGCCAGGGGUGAUGUUCGACACGCUGCCACGAGAGAUUCAAAACGGGAUGCUCCUGCGCGUGCAGCCCGUCCUGUUCAACGUCGGGAUCAACGAACAGCAGACGCUGGCCGAGAAGUUUGGAGACACGUCACUACAAGAAGUGAUCAACAUGGAGAGCAUGUCUCGCCUCAGCUCAUACUACGACCAGUUUAAAGAAGUCCUGCCUGACGACUGCCUGCCUCGUUCCCGCAGUACCACCAGUCUGCCUGAGCUGCUUAAACUGCUGAGCCAGAAUGUGAACGCCAAGAAAAGCAAGAAUGUGGAGAUUCUGUGGCAAGCGGCCGAGGCAUGUCGCCGUCUGAACGGAGUGCGUUUCACCAGCUGUAAGAGUGCCAAGGACCGCACAGCCAUGUCUCUGACCCUAGAGCAGUGUCAGAUCCUGCAGCAGGAACACGCCCUCGCCCCACAGGUCUUCUACCAGGCCUUGGACUGCAUGCGCAGUGAGGGCUGCAGGAGAGAGAACACCAUGAAAAACGUGGGAUGUCGUAAAUAUGCCUUUAAUUCUCUCCAGCUCAAGGCCUUCCCUAAACAGUAUCGCCCUCCAGAGGGGACGUAUGGGAAGGUUGAGACCUAAGUGGACUCCUCUAACUGGAGGGAACCGAAAGACUGAAGGGGAUGAUGAUGAUGAUGAUGGCGCCACACAAAGAAAAAUACCAACACAAACUGGAACAACAGCCCUUUGUUUUGUGCUUAGUCACUGCUAAGAUGAUUAAUGUCCAAGUGCCAGUGCUACUCUAGUUUGUUUCAUAGCAGCUUCCCCUCUCCUCCUGUAGUAUUAUCAUCACACACUUUUCACGGCCACUUCACAGCCAGAAACAGUGAAGAUACGGCUUUCUGUCUUACAUUGUAGCCAGUGUGCAGACAACACUGUUGGCUGCUGCACCAGUUGUAGCAUCAGGAGGCGUCAUUUUAACUUAACCUAGAAAUAAUAUGUGCAAAUGACUCAGCCUUUUGAAAGAUGAUGUGAGACACACAUUUGUGACCUUACUGCAUUUGUUAAUUUAUUUGUCAUUCUACAACACAGAGUUGCACAAUGAAAUCCAAGUUGUAGUCACUUUUUGCUACACAAAAAAGUUAAAGGAUAAAGCUGGCAUUUUUUCCUUGUAAGCAAAUCCCAUGCUAAGACCAAAACCAACAAUGAAUUGAUCCUACCUGAUUUAGCUUACACGACUUCAAUGUCGUCAAAAAACUAUUAAAAUCACAUCACUGAGCCACACUGUUUCAUUAUGGCGAAUAUGACCACUAUAGUUCAUUAUGAGUGAAGUCCACAAACCUCCUGCUACUGUAAAACUCGCUAGAGCACCAAAUGUGUAUUAAUCCGCCCCUGAAAAUAGUCCCCAGCAAAUGCCCCAUUUACACUUGUUUGAGUAACAUUUGUGAUAAACUACAUCACCCAGCA